GAGGAGGACGAAGCGCCCGGGCGCCCCGCACGGCCGAGGGGAUCGGGGAGCCCCGAGGGCGGCCCCGGGAUGCGGGGGGCCGAGGCCGGGGCCGCGGGGGCUGGCGGCCGCUCCGCCUGACGGGACCGUGGGGACGCCACCGGGCGCCCCGUGCGAGCUAACGCCCCCCAACGUGGCGCAUCCCCCGGCGCGGCCAGGGACGGUACCCGGGCGGACGAGGCGGUGGGGUGCCGGGGGGGCUCGGGGGGGACAGCUUCGCCCGCCGCCCGCCCCGCGCCCACGGCUGCCCCCAUGCUGGACCACAGAAGCAGGAUGGAGAGCUCCCGGCAGGAGAAGGUGGAGCAGAUCCUGUCGGAGUUCCGGCUGAGGGAGGAGGACCUGAAGAAGGUGAUGCACCGCAUGCAGAAGGAGAUGGACCGCGGGCUGAAGCUGGAGACGCACGAGGAAGCCUCGGUGAAGAUGCUGCCCACCUACGUCCGCUCCACGCCCGAGGGCUCAGAGGUCGGGGACUUCCUCUCGCUGGACCUCGGCGGCACCAACUUCCGCGUGAUGCUGGUGAAGGUGGGCGAGGGGGAGGAGGGGCAGUGGAAGGUGAAGACGAAGCACCAGAUGUACUCCAUCCCCGAGGACGCCAUGACGGGGACGGCCGAGAUGCUCUUCGACUACAUCUCCGAGUGCAUCUCCGACUUCCUGGACAAGCAUCAGAUGAAGCACAAAAAGCUGCCCCUGGGCUUCACCUUCUCCUUCCCCGUGCGGCACGAGGACAUCGACAAGGGCAUCCUGCUGAACUGGACCAAGGGCUUCAAAGCCUCCGGAGCAGAAGGGAACAACGUGGUCGGGCUCCUGCGAGACGCCAUCAAACGGCGAGGGGUGAGGCGGCCGCUGGCCCCGCGCCGGCUGC